AUGGUGGUACGCAACUGCGGUCCGAUCAUCAUGAAUCUUGGGAGGCUUUUCAUCACAAUCUUGAUGUUAGUGCUAGUUAUCUCAUCCAGCGCGUAUGCCGGUGCAAGGAGAGCAAAGAACAACAAAAAAACUGCCGACAUCGACAAGGCCGCGCCCGAGGAUGGCGAACGUAACGCCGUCGCGAAGGCCGCGGAAGCGCCCACGAGAGUUAGCCGUGUUUCGAAGAAAUUAAAUUAA